AACACAAUGGAAAUGUCUAUCGUUAUAUCAUUACUCACGUAACGCUGAAUUUGUAGUUUGAGUAGAUUUUUGCAUUUAAGUUGAAAACACAAAGAGUGUAACAUUAGCUUAUUAUACAAAAAAAUAGUAAAGUUAUAAUUUAAAAUAUGUCAGAUAAAGAAUCUAGUUUAUUGAAUAUUGAUGAAGAUAAAGAAAUAUCUUUACAAUCGUCCAUUCAAAGUUCUACCAUUAGUAACGACACUAUUGUAGACUAUCGAUUUUUAUGGAUUUGGGAUAAGGUUAUGAAGUUUUUUCUUCUUGAUAGUAGCCAUCAACAUCUUUUUGAAAAUUUACUUAAUGAAAAUGACGGUUAUUUUAAUCGUAAGCUCACUGAGUUUUUUAACUCAGAAUUAUAUGGUGAAAUGAAUUUAAAAAAAAAAGUUAUCUACUUUUAUAAAACUUAUCGAAAAGAAAUUGUUCAAGAAGAAAUAUUAAUUUGGGAAGAAAGUCAGAAUGAAAAAGCUCCAGUUACUUCAUUUUCCACUAAAGGUCGAUCUCAACGUCUCACUAAAAGUGCUCCAGGAAAGGUUGAAAAAGUUGAAGAAGAAAAGAGUAAAAAUAAAGGAAAAAAAAAGAAAGGAAAAAAAGAAGUGAGAUCUGAUGACAAUAGUAUAUCAUCGAGUAAUUUAUUUACUGGUGUAUCUGCUACUAACGUUCACAUAGACAUUGAUAAUGAAGAUGAGGAAGAAAUAAGCCUGCAUGAAGAUAAUGAAAUCAUAGAUAAUCAAUCGAAUUUACAAAAGAUAAAAACACAAUCAAAAAGUUCAUCAUUUGUUCCUCCUCCUGGAGAAGAAAAUAAAUAUGUUCUAACGAAGAAAAUUGUUGACAAAGAAAUGGAGCUUCCUGUAUUACAUAUAAUUUUCGGAAAAAUUCCGUUGAAUGAUAGUGAGAAAAUGGAAAAUUGUAAUUUCAUGUAUUUUUCAAGAACGAGUGAAGAAGAAAUACCGGAAUUCAAUUCACAACAAGAAUGUAAUGACCGUAUUACAAAUUACCUUAUAAUAGGAUCUUUGAAUGGACCAUUUUUAGAAACUCUCAACAGCAUGCUACUUUAUGUUUUUAAGCCUCUGGUAGAAAAGCAAUAUCGUGGAGUUAGUGCUGCCUUGAAACAAAUACAAAAACAUAAAGAAGAAUCCUCUUUAGAACAGAUGAAUACUGUCGAAUCACAAAAAUCAGAAUUUACAAAGGCUUCAAAUUAUCACAAGUUAUCUACUAGAAUUGAAAAUUUAGAUAUAAAUUUGCAAAAUCAAUCUUCAUUAGCAACUAAUUUAACUGAUACGCAAACUACUUCCAUUAAAACAGAUGAUACAUCACAAGUACCAACAGAAAGUAGUAAAUUAAAAUUAUUAGAAUAUCUUGAUAAAUUAAUAACUUCUGUUGAAUGGACCCUCAAACAUGUGGAAGGGGAUGUUUUAUUACAACUGCCAAGAAUAUCUAAAUUAAUAGAUAUGGAUUUGAUGAAUGUUGAUCUUUCAAAACUUGAAGAAAAUAAAAUAAAACAAUUGGAAGAAAUUAUUAUGGGCUGGGAAAAACACAUUGAAAAAGUACUGGAUACAUUCGUUAAUGAAAUUCCCCAAGGCAAAGAUCCUCUUGCUGAAUAUAAUUAUUGGCAUAACAGAGAAACUGGAUUAUCAAUGCUAGUCGAACAAUUGAAUCUUCCUGUUAUUAAAAAAAUAUUAUCGUCUAAUGAAAUUAAUUCAUCAAUCACUUCAUCGUUUCGCUGGUUUGAAAUCGAACUUUGGAAAUUGUAUACUGAAGCACGAAAUAAUAAUAAAUUUUUGAUUACAGUGCUAAGAUACUUUGAGUUGAUGGCAAAAUCAAAUAAUUUUGAAGCUAUCAGUGCAAUUAUUCCUUCAUUGAUGAAAGGAAUGCGAAUGAUUUGGAUUUUGUCUAAAUAUUAUAAUUCUGAAGAAAAAAUGACGGCACUAUUGGAAAGAGUUUCAUGGCAGUUAUGUGAAAAUGUUAAAAAAAAUUUAUCAAUAAAAGAAUUGUUUAGCAAACCUUUGAAAGAAAUUUUAACAGAAACAAAAAAUGCACAUGUUAUGAUGAAUAAUUGGAAAGCUUCUUACUUGGAAACACGAACUACCAUUGAAUUAACUGAAAAAGGAGUACGUUGGGAGUUCAAUCAAUCGCAGUUAUUUAAAAAAACCGAUUACAUUGCAAAAGUAUGUGACGAUUUAAAUAAAAUUGCUAGCGUUCUUGAAGAUUUCUACAAUAUUUUUGGACUUGAGUUAAAGUCUAUUGUUAUUGACCAAAUACAAAUAGAUUUGAUUGUCGAAAAAGUCGAUGAGAUGAUAAUACCAAUUCAAAAUUCAGAUUUCAAUAUUUUUUCGGAGUUUAAUAAAGAAAAUUGGGAUGCGACAAUGGUGUGGUUUUACUUGGAGGUUGAAUCUUUGGAAAAUGAAGCUAAGCAUUUGAUUGAUAAUUGCUUCACCGGUUUAAUAAAUGCUGAACAAGCUCUAGAGCUUCUCAUAAAAUUCAAAAAUAUCAAAACGAGACAAGCUAUUCACGAAUGUUUAUUAAUGAAGUUUGAUGUGAUAAUGCAGCAGUUUAUAAAAGAGAUGAAUGAAAUAGAAAAUAUAUUUAACCUAGAAAAAAAGGAUCCACCGAUAUUAAAAUAUCAUACUCCGACUGUCGGUGCAAUAUUUUGGGAACGUCAAUUAUAUAAUAAAUUAACACGAUCCGUUAUGGCAUUUAAAGACGUACCAGAACUUGAAAACAGUCAUAUGAAAUCUUUAGCAUUUGACCAAUAUUCUAAAAUAAUAAAAGAAAUAAAAGAGUAUGAAAAAUCCAAAUAUACUUCUUGGAUUGAACGAGUUAAAUCUCUUACGAACAAUCUUAUGAAAAAAAAAAUACUGAAAACGACUAUUAAUGAAAACCUUAAAAAAAGCCUUGAUGAUAAAAUAAUGGUUCAAAAACAACUAAGCUUUCAAGUAAACUUUGAUCGUCAAAUUCUGGAAUUGAUUGAUGAAGCAGAAGUAUUGGAAUUAUUAGGAUUUGAUAUACCACUUCCAUUUAGAGAUAUAUGUCUUCAAAAAAAACGGCUUAUGGCUGAUAUUUAUGCAGUUCAGUCCGUAAUUGAUCAAUACAACGAAAUUAUGAAUAAAUUAGACUUUGCUGAUAUAAAAUUACUUAUGAAAGAAAUUAAAUCUAUGGAAAAAUAUAUUGAAUCAGGAGUCUUACGAAUUACCUGGUCAUCUUUGGGAAUUUUAGAUUAUUCUGCUAAAUCCGAAAAACUUUUGAGGAAUUUAUCAUCCAUCGUUUGUCAGUUGAAUCAAAUGAAAAACAAACUAAAUAAUUUAAUUGAAGAUGAAAUUAGUCUAUAUAAUUUAUGCUCCACAACUAGUGAUCCUAAUGAUCCAGAAUAUAAGCUAAGUUUAUGCAAGGCGUAUUUCCUGGAUGUUGAAGCACAAAGGUUAGAGUCAGUCAGUAAGAUGUUGAAAGCUUAUCGAUCUGUUUCUCCUUUAUUGAUGAAAAUUGAGAAUCUAGUUGAAAGCACUUCAACAGGAACAAGUGAAGCAAUGCAAUAUUUUUAUAUUUCUUAUGAGAAACAAAUUUUUACUGCACUAAUAACAUGUUUUAUCAAAAAUCUAGAAUAUUUCAACAAUUGUUUAACCGAAAAUAAAGCAAUAUUUUUAGUAGACGCAGUUCUUUUAUCAACUGAAGUAAUUCUUCGACCAUCUCCUAGUGAAAUUAAUGUUUUAAUUUUAAAUGAUGUAAAAAAUUUAUUAGAAAAAUUGAAAAUGUUUCCAAGGUGGAAUGAUAAAAGCUGUAUAGAAUGUGAACCUAUCAAAAGCACGGACGAUGAUGAUCCUUUUCUCUACACGUUUUUUGAUGACAUCGUGCGUAUUCAAGCUAUCAACGAUCUCAUUAAAAAUAUAUACGAAACUACACAGAAAUUGUCUACAGAAAUCUGGAAAUAUAUGUAUAGAUGGAAAAAGUAUUACAAUUUAUGGCGAUUUGAUAAAGUUCAAAUUUGUGAAAAAUUUGCUAGUCAAAAUCCAACUCUCAGUCAAUAUGAGGAAAAAUUUACUUUUUAUGAUUUAAUAAUUGAAGAAGUUGAUGCAAUGACUCCUUAUUAUGAUAUUGUUAGUAUUAGGAUUAAUUUAGUCCCUUUAAUAAAAAGUAUUAAACAUCACGCCCAAGAAUGGAAACAGAUUUUAGGAAAUUUUCUAUCGUCUCACGUGCAGAAUUUAAUGAAAAAUUUGCAAACAAAAAUAAAUAAAUUCCGUUCAGAAAUUGAACUUGUCAUUACCGGCUUGAGUCGAUUUAAAACUGUUAUGCAAUCAAUAACAAACAUAAAAAAUAUGGCGAUCCAAGCCGAAUUAGAAUACCUUGAAUAUCAAGAAACUUUUAGAACUUUGAAGUCUCAUGGAAUAUUGUAUCCAGAAGAAAAUGAAGUUCAAGCUCAUAAAUUAGAACAGGACUGGCAAUCAGUUUAUUUUGGAGCACUUUUUCGUUCAACGACCUUAAACACUACCAAAGAUUGUUUUCGUGAAAUGAGUAAGGAGCAGAUUUUAACUUUCCUGAAAGAAUGUGCAGAAUUUAUGGAAUAUUUCAAGAAAGACGGACCUGGGAGUAUUGGAGAUAAUUUUGAAGCUGGUUUUAAAAAAAUAGAAGAAUGUGCUCAAUUAAUUGCAGACAUGGAAGAACGAAAAGACGAUCUCGUAAAAGCUGAGAGAAUGUUCGAUCUUCCCCCAACAGAUUAUUCUAUUUUUACAGAAAUAAAAGCAGAGUUUGAAGCCAUGAAAUUAAUUUACGUUUUGUAUAGAAAGCAGCAAGACGCUCGAGAUGUUUGGGCAAAGACCUUAUGGACUGAUUUAAAUCCUCAACAGCUAAUUGAUGGAAUGGAACAAUUUAUUAAUGAAUUCCAAAAUCUUCCUGAAAAAGCAAGACAAUUAACUAUUGGGAAAACGCUUGAAUCAACAAUGACAGCUUUUAAAGAUUCAGUACCACUUUUUAUUGAAUUGAAAAAUGAAGCCAUGCGUGAACGUCAUUGGAUGGAACUGAUGAAUAAAACAAAGCAACACGCUGAUACAUUUACAUUGGAAAAUAUGUUUGCCUUGGAUUUUGCAAAUUUUCAUGAUAUUGUCCAAGGAAUUGUUCGGAAUGCAGUUAAAGAAGCAAAAAUAGAAAAAAAUCUAAAAGAAAUAGUAGAAUUUUGGAAAGUAAAAGAAUUCCCAGUAAUUAAACACUAUAAAGGAUCAAAAGACAGAGGAUUUAUACUUGGAUCACUUGAUGAUCUACUUAAAAUGAUCGAAGAUAAUAUGGUGAAUUUACAAAAUAUGGCAGCAUCACAGUAUGUUAAACCAUUUAUUGAAUUAGUACAGCAUUGGGAAAAAAUUAUACAAACGAUAUCAGAAGUGAUUGAAGCUUGGAUCGAAUUACAAAAAAAAUGGCUGUAUUUGGAAGGAGUUUUUAUGGGGGAAGAUAUUAAAAUCGAGCUCCCUGAUUUGGCACUUAAGUUUGAAGAUGUUGAUAAAGCUUUUAAACAAAUUAUGUUAGACACUUCAAAAAGAUUAAAUGUUUAUGAAUGCUGCGUAGUUCCUGGGCGUAAAGAUAGGUUUAAAAAUCUUAUUAAUGAUUUGGAUAUGUGCCAGAAAUCACUAACAAAUUAUCUUGACAACAAACGUGUGGUUUUUCCAAGAUUUCAUUUUUUGAGUGACGAUGAAUUACUGGGAAUUUUAGGGACUAGUGAUCUAGAGUUAAUUCAAAAAUAUAUUAAAAAACUUUUUUGUAAUUUAGAAAGAUUUGAAUUAAACGAAGAAAAUGUCGACGGUGAUUUUAGAAAAGUUGUUACUGCUUUAAUAUCAUGUGAGGAAGAAAUAAUGCCAUUCAAAACACGUGUAGUUAUCAAUAAAAAAAUAGAAAUAUGGAUGACAGAUAUCGUAGAGGAAAUGAAAAAAUCUCAUCGCUAUUUAAUAAAAAAAGCUGUUUAUGAUUAUGGGAAAGCAAAAAAAUCACGAAAAGAUUGGCUACUUGAUUUUCAAGGAAUGAUUAUUCUCGCUGCAAAUCAAAUCUGGUUAACAGUGGAGAUUGAAAAUAUUUUUGAUAAAAUAAAAGACGGCUUGAAUGAUGCAAUGAAAGAAUAUUUGCAACUAUUGAAUAAUCAAUUAUUAGACGUCAUAACGUUAAUGAAAAAUGUAUCUCUUAGUAAUAACGAUAGAAAAAAACUAGAAAUGGUUGUGACGGUUGAUGUUCAUGCAAGAGAUAUUUUGAGUAAAUUUGUGAAAGAUGGAAUAAUUAGUAGUCAAGAAUUUGCUUGGGAAAGUCAACUUCGAUUCUAUUGGAUUCGUCAGUCAGAUGGAUUAUGGAUUAAUCAAGCUUCAGGAUGUUUUGAAUAUUCUUAUGAGUACAUGGGAUUGAAUGAAAAACUUAUUAUCACACCAUUAACAGAUCGUCUUUAUUUAACAAUAACCCAAGCUCUUUCGAUGUGUUUUAGUGUAGCGCUUUCAGGAACUUCAGCAACUGGAAAAACUGAAACAAUAAAAGAUUUUGCAAGAAUAUUCGGCCGACUAUGUAUCGUAACAAAUUGUUCCGAACAAAUAGAUCACAUAUCUAUUAGUAAAAUACUGAAUGGAUUGGCGCAAUGUGGCACUUGGGGUUGUUUUGAUGAGUUCAAUAACCUUAGUGAAUCGACUCUUUCUGUCAUUUCAACACAUCUUUAUGUCAUUCGUCAUGCUCUCCAAGCUAAAUCUAAUAUAUUCAUGUUCGGCGGUCACAAUAUUGCCCUUGAUUCUAAUAUUGGGAUAUUUAUGACCAUGGAUUUGAAGCAUUCGAGUUCUAGAAAAAUUCCUAAAUCAAUAAAAUUAUUAUUCAGAUCUGCAACAUGCGUGGCACCGGAUAAUGAAUUAAUUUGUCAAGUUAAAUUAUACAGUUUUGGAUUUUCAUCGGCAAUAGUUUUAGCUAAAAAAAUAACAACUUUCUAUUCUUUCGCAAUGAAAUUAUUAAGCAAACAACCUCACUACGACUUUGGAUUAAGAUCUCUAAAGUCAGUUUUACAUAUGGCAGAACGGUUAAAAAAGCAAACAAGAGAUCUAGAUGAAAGAAUAAUUAUCAUGCAGGCUCUUAGAGAAAUAAAUUUACCGAAACUUGUUGAUGAUGAUGUUGCUCUUUUCAUUGAACUUUUCAAAGACAUUUUUCCUGGAUUAGAUUGCCCAAAAAAUGAAUAUCUAAAUAUUAAACAUGUGGUAGAAAAAGUGUUACGAAAUGAAGGAUAUACUAUUGUUUCUAAUCAAGUGGAAAAAAUUAUUCAACUUCAUGAGAUAAUGUUAACACGACACUCAACAAUCUUAGUUGGUUCAACUGGCGGUGGAAAAUCACAGAUCAUUAAAACUCUUUGUAAUGUCCGUAUAAAUUUAAAUGAUCCAACAAAAUUAUUUAUAUUAAAUCCCAAAGCAUUUACAGUAUCUGAAUUGUAUGGGUUUUAUGAUCCAAUCAAUCGAAAAUGGACUGAUGGAAUUUUAAGUAACAUUUUUCGUGUAAUAAAUAAGCCAUUAGAGCCCUCUUUGCAAAACGAAAAAAAAUACAUUGUCUUCGAUGGAGAUGUGGAUGCAUUGUGGAUUGAAAAUAUAAAUUCAGUAAUGGAUGAUAACAAAAUAUUGACUCUUGAUAAUCAAGAAAGAAUCAUGUUACAAUCUCACUGCCACUUAUUAUUUGAAGUGGGAAAUUUACAGUAUGCAUCGCCUGCAGCAGUAUCACGAGCUGGAAUGAUUUAUGUUGAUCCAAAAAAUUUAGGCUAUCAACCGUAUUUAGACAAGUGGAUAAAUACAAGACCGGAAAUUGAGCAAGAAGUAUUUCGAGAAACCUGUGAUAAAUUCAUUCCUGGUGCUAUCAGCUUGAUAAUUGACGGUAUUCUGGGUUUGCAGCAAGUGGUACCAUUGGAAAUGAUUAUUCGUUUAACUGCACUAAAUAUGGUAACACAAUUUUGUCAAAUAGUUGAUUCUCUUUAUCGCUGUCGUUUAGAAAAAAAUGAGAAAGUUCAAGAAAAUAUUCCAGGAGAAACACAGGUUGAUAAAGAAGAAACUCCAGAAGAUGAACUCGAUUAUGAAAAAGCUUUAAUUCAAGCAGUAGUUAUUCAGGCUUGCUAUUAUUCUUUAGGUGCUGUUCUUACUCUCGAUUCUAGAUUAAUAUUUGAUGAAUAUAUAAAAAAAACUUCUGGACUUAUGCUAGUUGAAGAUACUACUGAAAAAUUAGCUAACAUACGAUAUUUACCUAUUACAUAUCCAUCUCUAUAUGAUUACGUAUUAGAUAUGGAAAAUAAAGUAUGGAGACCUUGGAAAUCUUUAAUUCCUGAAUAUGUACAUAACAGAGAUGAAAAUUUUUGCAAAAUUUUAGUACCUAUUACUGAUACAUUACAAGCUCAUUGGUAUAUUAAAUUAAUGAGUAAUGUAGAAAGGCCAACUUUAUUCAUUGGAGAAUCAGGAAGUUCAAAAACUGCGAUUAUUCGUGAUUAUUUAAAAUCAUUAAAUAGUGAAAAAUAUAAUCAGUUGUUGAUUAAUUUUUCAUCAAGAACAAAAUCCAUUGACAUUCAAAAAAGUAUUGAAGCAAUUCUGGAAAAGCGAACAAAGGACUCGUAUGGACCUUUACCUGGCAAAAGUCUUAUAAUUUUUAUUGAUGACUUAAACUUGCCGUCACCUGAUUGUUAUGGAACUCAACAACCAAUUGCAUUCCUGAAACUUUUGUUAGAAUAUAAAGGAUUUUAUGAUAGGACCGAUGAUUUAAAUUGGAAACAAGUGAAAGAUGUUUAUUAUUUGACUGCGAUGGAAAAACCGGUUGGAAGAAGAACUAAAGUAGAUCCUCGCUUCAUUUCUCUAUUUUCGAUUUUUAUGGUUGUUACUCCUACUGAUGAAAAUUUAAAUUACAUCUUUAACAAUAUUUUGGCUGGACACUUAGCCAUAUUUCCUGAAGAAGUUCAAGAGAUUACUACAACAUUAACUGAUAUGACAAUAAAUUUAUAUAAGAUUGUAAAGACAUCAUUGCUUCCCACUCCAUUAAAGUUCCAUUACAAUUUCAAUAUUCGAGACAUAUCAAAAAUAUAUGCCGGUCUUCUUCAAAGUACUCCUAAUUAUUUUUCGAGCGUUAAACAGUUUUUAAGAUUGUGGAGAAAUGAAGUAUCUCGAGUUAUAUGUGAUAGGCUGAUCGAAGAUGAAGAUCAAACUAUCAUAAAAAAUUAUUUAGAAUCAACAAUAAAGUCAAUAUGGGCUCAAGACCCAGAAGCAGUUAGAUAUAGCCUCAGAGACCCACUUCUUUUUGGAGACUUCAGAAAUGCCUGUAAUGAAAAUAGUCUUCGGUUUUAUGAAGAUGUUUUAGACUAUGAGGCAGUUUAUAAUUUAUUCAUGGAGAUUCUUGAAAAAUAUAACGAAAAAAAUUUUAAACUCGACAUGGUACUCUUUAAUGAUGUGCUUGACCAUUUAACACGAAUUCAUCGAGCAUUAAGAUUGCAUAAUGGUCAUGUUCUCGUAAUUGGUGUUGAUGGAUGUGGAAAACAAUCCAUUAUAAAAUUAGCUUCAUUUGCAGCUAAUUAUAAAAUAUUCGAAAUCCCUUUACAUUAUGGAUAUAAUGAACACAACUUCCGUGAUAAAAUGAAAAAAUUAUACAAUUUAAUCGCUGUAGAAAAUAAAAAGAUAUUGUUUUUAUUUAAUAGCGCUCAAAUAAUAAACGAAAGUUUUCUUGAGAUAGUGAAUAAUAUUUUAGUAACUGGAGUCAUACCUGCAUUGUUUAUUGAUGAUGAAAUGAAAUUGAUUAUCAGUCGUUGUAGGAGUCACGUAACUAAAGAAGGACAUAAUAUUACCAAAGAAAACCUUUGGCUGUACCUUGAAGAGAGACGUGCUGAGAAUCUUCGUAUUGUCUUAUCUAUGAAUCCUGUGAAUAAUAAUUUCAGGGAUUACUGUCACAAUUAUCCGGGAAUUCUUCGUAGCACGACAAUUGAUUGGAUUUUUCCUUGGUCACCAGAAGCUUUUCAAACAGUAGCAAAUGUUAUCUUAAGAGACAAUAUAAAUAUACCAGAAGAAUACCACAAAGUUGUUGUCGAACACAUGGUUGAAGUUCAUGCAUCUAUGAAAAUGUAUUCAUUAGAAUUUUUUAGAAAAACUAAGCAAAAUAUUUAUAUCACACCAACACAUUUUAUUGGUUUUAUCAAUAAAUUUACAAAUUUAUUGAAUACAAAAAAAAAUUAUAUCAAUUUACAGAGUGAUAGACUAAAAAAAGGUUUAGUAAAAAUAUCUGAAGCAUCAGAAAUGCUUGUAAAACUAAGUGAUACUUUAGCCGUGCAGCGUAACAAAGUAAUCGAACAAACUGAUCAGUGUGAAAAAUUAUUAUCUUCCAUUGAGGAAAAAACUCAGAUAGCAAUGGAGAAACAAAGAGUUAACAAAGAAAGAAAGAAGGAAAUUGAAGAAAGAAAACAAAUAAUUGCUAAAGAAUCUGCUGUUGCUAGAGUAGUUCUUGCUGAAGGACAACCUGAUUUAGAUGCAGCAAAAAUGGCUUUGAAUGAGCUUGAAAAAGGUGAUAUUGUAGAAUUACGAUCUUUUGUCACACCUCCAGAGUCUGUACAAAUAGUAGGAGAAUGCAUUACUAUUUUACGAGGAAUGAAAGAAAUAUCAUGGAAAAAUGCUAAAGGACUGAUGAGUGAUCCAAGUUUUUUGCGAGUUCUUCAAGAAAUGAAAGCAGAGGAAAUAACAAUCAAACAACAGCAAUUAAUAAGAGCUCACUUAAAGAAGUCAGACAAAUUACAUCAAAUGGAAUCAGUUAGUAAUGCCGGAUAUAGAUUGUAUAGAUUUAUAUUAGCAAUGCUAGACUAUUGUACUAUUUAUCGGGAAAUAAAACCUAAAAUGGAACGUGUAAAAGAACUUGAAAGAGAAGCAAUGCAUGCACAAACCAUUUUGGAGAAGGAAGAAAUAGAAUUCACAAAAAUAUCAAAACAAUUGGAUGAUUUGAAUUCUGAAUACGAUAUGAUCAUGUUCAGUAAACAAACUUUACAGGAUGAAACAGAUUCACUUGAAGGGCGACUGAUUGCUGCACAGAAAUUAAUUAGUGGACUGUCGACAGAGAAUAUUCAUUGGAAAAAAGAUGUAGAAAAUUUACAAAAUGAAUUGGAAUUUAUUAUAGGCAAUUGUCUUUUAUCUGCUGGUUUUACAGAGUAUUGUGGACCAUUUUCAUAUGAAUUCAGAAACACAAUGAUUUACAACGAUUGGCAAAAGAAUUUGAUAUCAAAAGAUAUUCCAUUGUUACAACCAUUUAUAAUAGAAAAUCAAUUAGCUAGUGAUAUUGAAAUUAGAAGCUGGAUUUUUGAAGGAUUGCCCUCAGAUAAAUUUUCAAUUCAAAAUGGAAUUCUAACUACUCAUGCUUCGAAGUUUGUUCUUUGCAUAGAUCCUCAACAACUGGCUUUAAACUGGAUCAUGCAACGGGAAAGUAAAAAAAAUCUGAAAAUCGUAUCUUUUUAUGAUAGUGAUUUUAUUAAACAGCUUGAAUUAGCUAUUACAUACGGAUUUCCAAUUAUAUUUCAAGAUGUUGAUUACGUUGAUCCUGUUGUGAAUAACGUUCUUAAAAAAAAUAUAUUUAAUAUAGGAAGUCAAUCUUUUGUAAUGUUAGGGGAUAAAGAAGUAGAUUAUAACACAAACUUCCGGAUAUAUCUAACAACAAAACUCUCAAAUCCUAAAUUAAACUCUGUUAUAUAUUCUAACACUACAGUGAUUAAUUAUACAAUAACUACAGAGGGAUUAAUAAAUAAGUUGUUGGCAACAAUAAUCAGCUAUGAACAACCGGAUGUAGAAAAUCAGAGAGAACAUUUGAUAAGUGAAGUUAAUGAUAAGAAGACUCUGCUUCAAAAAGUUGCGAAAAGUCUCCUCAAAGAGAUAUCGAUGAAUCAAGGCAAUAUGUUAGAUAAUAUUGAUCUGAUAAAAAUGUUAGAAAAUUUAAAAUCAAGUGCUAGUGAAGCAGAAAAAAAAAUAUCUGAAGCUGAAGUGAAUAUUGAAAAGAUCAAUAAACUUCGAGAUAAAUAUCGCUCAGUAGCUGAGAGAAGUGCCCUUUUAUUCUUCGUACUUACUGAUAUGGCUAUCGUAAACCCUAUGUAUCAGCAUUCUCUAAAAGAAUAUAUAAAACUCUUUACAUAUUCAUUGAAAAAAUCGUUGUCCGAUGUAUCUCUGGACAAACGCAUUGAAAAUAUCAAUCAGAUGCUGACAAAGAAUUUUUACCAUUUCGGAUGUAUAGGGAUGUUCGAAAAAGAUAAAUUAUUAUUUUCUUUCCGAAUUUGCACAAUAAUAGAGCAGUAUAUGAAUAAUAUCACCCAAGAAGAAUUGAAUUUUUUUAUAAAUGGAAGUGAAGGACAAAAUGAUGAGUCUUUACCAGAAAAUCCAAUUGAUUGGCUUCCUUUCUCUCGGUGGAAAGAUUUAUUUAAAUUGUCAAUGGAUUUCUCCGUUUUUUCACAGCUGUGUGAUAAAAUUCAAAAUCAAUCUAGCGAUUGGAAUAAAUGGUUUGAACUCCAUAAUCCUGAAAUUGAAAGCUUCCCCAGCGAUUAUUCUACGAAAUUACGACCUUUUCAAAAACUUAUGCUCCUUAAAUGUUUUAGAAUUGAUAGACUUUAUUGUGCAAUUUCUAAUUAUAUUUCUGAUUUGAUGGGAAUUGAGUUUAUAACAUCUCAGAAUAUCAGUUUCGAAAUGAUAUUGAAACAAAGUGCUCCAACAGUGCCAAUUAUAUUUAUUUUAAGCCCCGGGGCCGAUCCAACAUCAGAAAUUAUGAAAUUUGCCGAUCGUUACGAUUUUAGCACUGGAAGGUUUAAGUAUCUUUCUCUGGGUCGAGGUCAAGAACAAAAUGCUUUGGCUCUGUUUGAUGUUGCAGUAACCAGAGGACAAUGGCUAGUUUUAGAAAACUGUCAUUUACUGUUGAAUUUUAUUCGAGAACUUGAAAAAAUAUUGGAAACCAUCACAACACCUCAUCCCGAUUUUCGGUUGUGGCUUACGACUAAUCCUAUUGAUAAUUUUUCCGUUGGAAUGUUGCAACGAUCAAUAAAGAUUGUGACGGAACCGCCAAGUGGAUUAAAAUUAAAUCUUAAAAAUACAUAUUCGAAAAUUGAAAAUGAAACACUGGAAUGUUGCAAUCACGUGCACUACAAAGAUCUUAUUUAUGUUCUUACAUUUUUUCAUGCAGUUAUUCGAGAAAGAAAAAAAUAUGGUAAAAUUGGUUGGAAUAUCAAUUACGACUUUAACGAUUCUGAUUUAAAUAUUUCUAUUUCAAACCUCAGUACAUAUCUUACUAAAUCACUCACUUUUAAUAAUGGUAUAAUUCCUUGGGCAAGUCUUAAAUACUUUAUCACUGACAUAAUAUAUGGUGGAAAAGUGAUUGACAGUUAUGACCAUCAAAUUAUGAAAACUUAUGUGGAAGAAUAUUUUGGAGAUUUUUUAUUUGAUAAAAUUCAACCAUUUCAUUUUUAUAAAGACUCCAACAUUGACUACAUGAUUCCACCACCUGGUCGUCAAGUCGAUUAUAUCGAAUUCAUUGAAACUUUACCGAUGAUAAAUAACCCAGAAGUUCUCGGUUUACAUUCUAAUUCUGAAAUGAAUUAUUUUACUCAAGAGAUUAAAACGAUGUGGAAGAGUCUAAGGAAAAUUCAUCCUCUAACCAGUUAAAUUUUAAAAAUAAGUGACAAUACUACUAAUUUAAAUCGUGAUAAGUGUAUCAAUAAUAUUAUUGAAGAUAUUCGAACCAAAAUUCCUAAGGAAUAUAAUAUUUCAAAGAUAAAAAAAAUUUUUAGCCUCGAUAUAUCUCCAUUGACCACUGUUCUUUUCCAAGAAUUAAAAAAAUUUAAUAAAUUAAUUCAAAAAAUGGAUUAUUCUCUAAAGCUACUGACACAAGCUAUUGCAGGAGAGAUAAUAAUAGAUCAUGAUUUAGAAAAUUUAUGUAAUUGUCUUUAUUAUGGAAUUUUACCGGAAGAAUGGGCAUCUUUAGCUCCAGAAACUGAAAAAAAUCUUGCAGAUUGGAUGGAUCAUUUUUGUAAGCGAACGAUUCAAUAUACAGAGUGGGCAGGUGGUAAUGAACCUGUUGUAAUCUGGUUAUCCGGAUUGCAUGCUCCUAAAACAUAUCUAGCUGCUCUCGCACAAAUGAUAUGUAAAAAAAAUAAUUGGUCUCUAGAUAAAAUUUCAAUACAUACUGAAGUCUCAAAGUUUGUACAAGUAGAAGAAAUAGAAGAACGUUUAGAUCAGGGUUGUUAUGUAAGAGGACUCUACAUAGAAGGUGCCAGGUGGGAUAUCAAUGAAUCCUGUUUGAAAAAGUCAUAUCCAAGAGUGUUAGUUGAAGAAUUUCCAAUAUUAAUGGUAAUUCCAAUUCAGUCUCAUCGAUUAAAUGUCCAUAAUAUUGUGAAACUACCAGUUUAUGUAACAUCUAAAAGACGAAAUAAGUUAAAUAAUGGUUUAGUUUUUGAAGUUGGCCUUCGAACAUGCGAACAUGUAUCUAUAUGGAUUUUACAAGGAAUUUGUUUGCUAUUGAAUUUAAAGUAAUUUUACUAAUCAUCUA